AACAAAAACAUGAACUCAUACUCACUCUAAAAAUGAUAUUAGUAGUGUAGACUUGGGAAUGACUUUAUGUAAGGUUUAUUAACAACAGAAUGUUUUAUAGGGAGUCCUAAAGCUGUGGUGUCCAUAAAGCCUCAUACACAUGUGUUCAUUGGAGAGAUUGUUACUCUGAGAUGUGACAUACAGGGAGGAGGAGACACUCAGUGGACUUACAGCUGGAAUAAAGAUAAUAACAAACUCUAUUCAAAUGGAAAUAGAUAUUUCAUAGACACCACAAUGCAGGUGUUAGUAAUCAGGAAUGUUGAAGACUCUGACAGUGGAACCUACAGCUGCAGAGGACAUGGGAGAUACUCUAAGAGCUCAGAGAUCAGUGAUGAUGUUACACUGACUGUAUCAGUAAAACCCAAACCGACUGUGAGAGUGAAUCCUCAGAGCUCCGUCUACACUGGAGACACCGUCACUCUGAGCUGUGAGCUGCAGCAGGAGACUGGAUGGGAGUUUUACUGGUACAAAAAUAAUCAGUUGUUACAGAAUCUGAACAGUGAACAAGUGAACACACUUAAUGUGACAGUCGAUAAUGCAGGAGAAACAGAGUACACGUGUUGGGCACACAGGAUAAACAACUACAACUAUUACAUGACACAGUUCAGUGAUCCUGUCAGGAUUACAGUGAGAGUGAGACCUAAACCAGUCGUAUACAUAAAUCCUGAUAAUCAGGUGUUCAGUGGAGACACCGUCACUCUGAGAUGUGACAUACAGGGUGAAAGUGUCUCUAGCUGGCAGUACAGCUGGUAUAAAGAUACUUCACACAGACCUGUCAGUAGUGAACAGGUGUACAGUAUCAGUGGUGUUGAAGUGACCCACACAGGUACAUACACCUGUAGAGGAACAGAGAGAGGAGGCUCACGCUCCUCACACUCCAGUGAUGUUAUUACACUGACUGUAUCAGAGAGACCACAGGCAGUACUGAGUGUAUCUCCACACAGCUGGCUGACUGAAGGAGACUCAGUGACUCUAAGCUGUGAGGUUACAGACUCCUCUACAGACUGGACAUUCAGCUGGUACACAGUUGUUCCCUACAGAGACGGAUUAACUGGAAUAAAUAAUAAUCAUGGCUAUAUGGUGUAUGUGGAGCUCCUCUCAGACAGCAGCAGAGGAUCUGGAGGCAAAUACACUCUCAGUCCUGCUGCUCUUAUACACACAGGAGUUUAUAUGUGCAGAGGAGAGAGAGGAGAACCAGCCUUUUACACACAGUACAGCAAUCUACAGCCACUAUGGAUCACUGGUGAGGAAAAUUAUCUGUUGUGUUGAAGUGUAGACUUUAAAAGUGUGAAUGUAACAUCAGAUUAAUGCAGUAUUUAUGCAAUUGUGUGUAUAAAUAAAGUAUGUGUAUGAUACACAUAUAUAGGACUCAGGACAUGGUUGAGGAUUUCUGUGAAGGAGGAUUUUAUUAAAAGUCA